AUGCUGAGUCAAGUGUCAUCAAAAGAAGAUCGAUUGCUGCAAAUUUUGGCUGGACUGCUUCAGAACCAACCAGCAGAUGAUCUAGCACAUUGGUUAGGAGAUGUGCAAGAGGGGCAUGGAGCUGGCCCUAGAACUGGGCAAGAGGCUGGGCAAGUAACUGGGCGAGGGGCUGGGCAUGGAGCUCGGCAUGGAGCUAGAGAAGGAGCUGGGCAAGAUGCUGGACGAGGGGCUGGGCAAGGAGCUGGGCUGGGGGCUGUAGGAGUUAAUUGUGCGCAUGAACAGCAUAAGGCAAACUAUAAUCCGAUGGCGAUCAUUGAGCUUGCGGUUGUCGGGGCUACUCGUAUUUUAAACAUGUGCACGAUGUUGGAGAAAGCGAAACAACGCAAUAAAAUACAUCAGAACCAACCAGCAGAUGAUCCAACGCAUUGGUCAGGAGAUGUGCAAGAGGUUUGCCAAAUUGCUGGUCAAGGAGCUGGGCCAAGGACUAGGCAACGAGUUGGGCCAGGGGUUGAAGGACUUGACUGGGUGCUUGGACAGCAUGAGGCAAUUCCGUGGGAGGGGCAUGGAGCUGGCCAUGGAGCUGGGACAGAGGCUAGGCCAGGAGCUGGGCAAGAAACUGGGCAUGGAGCUCGGCAUGAAACUAGAGAAGGCGCUGGGCAAGAUGCUGGGUGA